AUGUCGACGGGGAAAGACUCGUCGUUCAAACGGGCCUACAAAGCUUGUUUGAGCUGCCGAAAGCGCAAGGUGCGCUGUGUGUUUGCAGAGGGAGAGCCGGUUAGCCAUGGGUGUCAAAGAUGUCGGCGAGAAGCCCGCGAGUGCGUUGUUCCGACGUCAACUAAACGCGGCGGAAUCCAAAAUGUGAUUUCGGGCCGAGAACGUCGCCGAAGGGAACACGAGGCGCGCGAACAACUUGCGCAGGCGGCUGCCAUCAAGUCCGAGGGCUGGCAAACCCGAGAACUUUACAACACAACCGAUGCCCUAUCCAUUCUUAGCCAUGUUGCUAGGUCCUUCCCCAAAAUCGAGAGUCAGCGAUCCGACGCUUUGCCGGACGUGACGCCUUCAUAUGAUAGCACCUCCAGAAGUACCCACAAGGAUGCUACAACGAUUUCUGGGCUCGGGUUUAUUGCAAUCGAGCAUAUUUUAACUCCGGCCGAUGCUCGCCUCUUUGGCGACUUCUUUCUGGAAAAGAUCAAUCCCGUCUAUCCCGGCAUCCCAUUAGAGUAUAGAACUGUGGAUGCGUUGACGAAACUUCCCUUAUUGUUUGGAACAGUUUGCAUGAUUGCUUCCCGUUAUUACGUCGCCUAUGGCACCGACGCCUCCUUGCGGGAUCGCAGUUUCGAAAUUCAUCUACGGUUAUGGAUAUGGGUUCGGAGGUCGCUUGCCCAACAUAUUUGGAGCUCCCAACUCUCGCAGUCUGUUGAAACUGUUUUAACUAACUUGUUGUUGAGUGAAUGGGGUCCUGUUGCCUUCGAGCUUCGUUCCGAAGAAGUCAACCGGUACCUUGCUUUCCGCGGAACCCCAUCGGAGGAGUGGGUUCGUAAAACAACUUUGCGUAACUCGGAUCGAACUCUUCUCCUGAUUAUUGGAAAUGCCGUUCGUCUUGCCCAGGAUGCUGGCCUGGACGCAUCUCUAACCAGUGUUAACGUUGGCUUGUUACUUUCAGAAGUCGUGAUCUCGAGCAGAAUGGGCCGGCCGUGUAUGCUUGCCAAUAUAAUUCGGGAACCUCUUAACCCGAAAUUAAAUUAUACCGUUGCGCAGCAAGCCCAAGCUGAAAUUCUUCAAGUUAUGGCCAUGGCAAACGAUAUGCUCUACCACUCUCGCGAGCAUACGCGUGACCUACUAUCUUCUGGACGCUACCUCAGUCUACUUUUUAUGUUUGUUCCUCAUUUUGACAACUGGAUGACAAAAUACGCUGAUCUGUUCCGCGGCGACGCCAGUGUCAACGUACUGGCAAUUCUGUUUGGUGCGUAUCACAUCAAACUUUAUACUUUUUCGCUGGCACUCAGUCGUCGAGGAACCCGAGCCGAAGAUACCCCGAUCAUGAGUCGUGAGUGUAGCGCUGAACCUUCAGCAGCGUCAGAUAAGGCCACAGCCGCUGAUCUGAAUGCCCUCCCCCGGCUAGCCGCCUCCAACUCAAAGGCUUUGACAUGGGACAGACAAGGCACUCAAUUCAUUAACAUCGCGGUUGAUUCCGCGAAGCAUUUGAUUGGUAUGGCUACAACAUUUUUCCAACGCGGCCAACUGGCGUUUAUGCCCACGCGCUGGGCAAUGUACAUCAUCCACGCAAUCGUGAUUUUGAUUAAAACCCUGAUCGUCAUGCCUCCGUUGAAAACUAGAGAUCGAGCCACUGAAACUCUGACAUUAGCUCGUCAAGCUGCGCAGCUUCUUGUAAAUUCCGGCCCGGAUAACUACCAUGUUUGCCGCCUCUACGGUACCGUUCUGGUUAACUUGUGUGCGCAUCUCACAAAGGAGAUUAGCCGGUCGCAGGAAGCUUCGAGGUCAACCACCCCUACUCCACAAGCGCGCUCAGCUGAAGAUCAACAAAAAAUUGGCUCUGAUGGUGUUGGAACUCCAGGCUCUACUGCCGCAGCUGCCCAAGCGGUAGCAGAUUCUGAUCCAGGAUCUAACUCAUCUGCUGCCCCAUCUGCAAUGACACCUUUCUCACCUCAUGAUUCUAAAAUCUCACCAGAAGCUCUACAUUCCCCUCAACUUGCCUCUGUGCCUAUCAAAUCUGGUGUCCCAAUGGGUGCUAGCCACAGUCCUCCGGUACCUCCAGACGCCACCCCUACAGGUCUGGUUGGACGAGCACAAAUAUCUCCACCAAUGGUUGGUGCAGGUUACCAGCAGGUCCCCCAUCAUUUCCAGUCUCCUGUAGGCUCUGGCAUAGCUCAUCCGGACAACAUGCACGUGCCAAAUGGCAGAUCCGGUGGAUCUGCAACCUCUCCUCUGCACGAAAGCCACCCAAGCGCGCCUCCACAGCGAGACAUAGAGUACCAGAUGGGCCCAGAUAUGCAACUGGCUCCCAACGUUGAUUUCGACUUUAUGAUGACUGGCGGUGAUGGUCUAGGUUUCGUUGAGCCCUUCCUCGAGACAUUGUCCAAAGGUGACUUUUUUGACGCGUACUGCGACUGA